GGAAACUGGGUCCGGGUCUCGGGCUGCAGGCUCGGUGCUUUGCUGCCGCUGUGCCAGGCUGCCCGGCGGGAUGCGGUGGGCCGCGGGCCGGCGGUGGGCGUGGGCCGCGCUGCUUCUGGCCGCCGCGGCGGUGCUGACCCAGGUGCUCUGGCUGGGGACGCAGAACUUCGUCUUCGAGCGCGAAGAGAUCGCGCUGCUGGCGCGGAAGUACGCGGGGCUGGACCAUGAGCUGGCCUUCUCUCGGCUGAUUGUGGAGCUGCGGCGGCUGCACCCAGGCCACGUGCUGCCCGACGAGGAGCUGCAGUGGGUGUUCGUGAACGCGGGCGGCUGGAUGGGUGCCAUGUGCCUUCUGCACGCCUCGCUGUCCGAGUACGUGCUGCUGUUCGGCACCGCCCUGGGCUCCCGCGGCCACUCGGGGCGCUAUUGGGCUGAGAUCUCUGAUACCAUCAUCUCUGGCACCUUCCACCAGUGGAGAGAGGGCACCACCAAAAGUGAGGUCUUCUACCCAGGAGAGACGGUGGUGCAUGGACCUGGAGAAGCGACAGCUGUGGAGUGGGGACCCAACACGUGGAUGGUUGAGUAUGGCCGGGGUGUCAUCCCGUCUACCCUGGCAUUCGCGCUGGCCGACACCGUCUUCAGCACCCAGGACUUCCUCACUCUCUUCUACACCCUUCGUGCAUAUGCCCGGGGCCUCCGACUUGAACUUACCACCUACCUCUUUGGCCAGGACCCUUGAGCAGUCGUGCCAGAAGGAAGACCUGUGGAUGGACAGGAGCAGGCUGGCCCUACAUGCAUUCACUAACUGGAGCCCAUGUGCAGAUAGGGACAUGUUGACACCAUGCAGACACUGUGUUCCUGCUGUUCAGAUAGGGCCCUCCAUGCUUCUAUAGCCAAAUGCCCAUGGGAACAAAUGGAACCUCCAUAGAGAGACCAAGUCCUGUGUGUACUACAGGAUCAUGCUCACCUACAUUCGGAGAGGGAGCCCCACCUAUACCCCGUGGGCUGGUCAUAUUCAGACACACAUGUCACAAGCUUGACUCAUGAACUCAGGCCUUCGCCCCAGGCUCCCAUCACCAGACAGGGAUGUGGGGUUGAGGAUGCGGUGGGUAUUAACACUCUGCCUCAGUCUGAUUCCUCAACCCAGCAGCAGCUUGGGGAGAGAAGGGGAGGAGAGGAGCUGCUCUUUGGAGGCGCCCUUCUCCUGCAGUGAUGAUGCCCUUCACUCCUCACCAUAUGCCUUAUCCGUGUCCCACUUCCCUGCUAUGCAAAAGUCCCUGAGGCUCAGCCCCUCCCCCUCAGUGAACUGGUCAGCAGAUUGCUGAGGACAAGGUCCUCCAUCCCAGAGAGACACUGCCCGCCCUGCCUUGGCUUUCCCUUGUAGGUGUAAAGGACCCUCCGUGGAGGGCCCCUUAAGCCCCAGGGAAAGGACCUGGAGGGCUGGGCCUGGUGCAAACAGCCAGCCCUGGCCAAGAGAAGGCCUUUCCUGCACACGCAUACACAUACCCCUCAUCCCAGCGUGCAGACACUGUCCCUGUUGCGUCCACUGUUUAUCUGUCUGUUA